GCAACUCUGUCACUUCGACAUCAUGGCGUAGAUGUGGACGUACGGGGGGUUACACUGGUGGGCACCGAUAAGUUUACAAACCAAGUACCGUGAAGUUGUUUUAAACUGUGAACGAAACGAACUAACGGGAAUAUUUUCAGUUAUUUGAGCAGUUUGGGUUCAUCAGUGACUGAAGAUGAUGUCCGAUGCCAGCGACAUGUUGGCAGCAGCCCUGGAGCAGAUGGAUGGCAUUAUAGCAGGAUCGAAGGCUCUGGACUACUCCAAUGGGUUGUUUGACUGCCAGUCGCCCACUUCCCCAUUCAUGGGCAACCUGCGGGCACUUCACCUUCUGGAAGACCUGAGAAGUGUCCUGGAGAUGAUGGACACUGAGGAAAGGGAGAAUCUGCGCUGCCAGAUCCCCGACUCCACAGCUGACAGUCUGGUCGAGUGGCUCAAUGGUCACCUGUCCAAUGGGCACAUCUCUCUGAGUGGUGGUGACCACUAUCAAGAAAGACUUACCAGACUAGAAUGUGAUAAGGAAUCCCUGGUGCUUCAGGUGAGUGUGCUGACAGACCAGGUGGAAGCUCAGGGAGAGAAGAUUCGUGACCUGGAUUUGUGUUUGGACGAGCACAGGGAGAAACUCAACGCCACUGAGGAGAUGCUGCAGCAGGAACUUAUGUGCAGAACUGCACUGGAAUCCCAGAAGCUUGAACUGAUAUCUGAACUGUCGAACCUGAAGCUGAAGUUUAAUACUAUCGACAAGGAGAGAGUGGACUUUGAUGACAGAUUUAGAGACAGUGAGGAUCUGAUUCUUGAUAUUAAUGAACUGCGGUACAGAUUGACAGAUAUGGAAAGUGAAAAACUACUGUAUGAAAAGAAAGUUAAAUCCACAAAGGAGGAACUAGCCGUGCUGAGGAGGCAGCUGGAGGGCAAAGAUGGAGAGAUGAGGAGACUACAGGAUGAGACAGGCUUCAAAGCCAUGGCCUUGAGCAAUGCAGAUCCCUCAGACAGAGUCUCUCAUCCAGAUGAAACUCUUAGAAAGAGGCUGAAAGAAAAACAUGUGGAAGUGCAGAGAAUGAAAAAGGCAGUUGAAUCUUUGAUGGCAGCCAAUGAAGAGAAGGAUCGUAAGAUUGAGGAAUUAAAGCAGUCGUUGGUACGGUACAAGAAAGUUCAAGACAUGGUGAUGUCGGUGCAAGGGAAAAAAGAUAACGAGUACAUUGAGAGUCAUGGUGAUGCGUCUCUCGCAUUUUUGUCGACCAUCCUUCCACCCACGGAGCCAGAAAAAAACGAAGAAACAGAUGUUCAUCAGUUGAAAAGGAAAAGCCCAGAUGAGCUGGAAAUUCUCAAUGGAAUGAGUUUAAAUUCUUCACCUUCACCAAGCUCAUCAGACCCAGAACAAGUGUCUGAGUCCACACCAACAGAUGUGGAAAGCAACCACGAUACCACAAAGAUGAGCAGCCAGGAACAUCUGGACAGGAGCAAUAAUGAAAAGAAUACAAGUGAGGAAGUCAGUAAGCUGAGUGAAAAGCCACCUUUGAACCCAUCUGCCACUUUACCUGCCGCCACCACCACCACCACAGAUGACGAAGCCUUUGGCUCUAGAAAGGCUCGUUCAUCUUUCGGAAAGGGUUUUUUCAAGAUCCGUGGGGGCAAGAAAACCGGCAGCUCUCCUAACCUUGACCGCAGCCGGAGUGCAAGUGCGCCUAUGCUAGCUGAGACAGAACAACAGGGUACCGACCAUCUCGAUUUGGCCGGGCUGCCGCAGAGGUCAGCAAACAGCGACAGCACCCACACACUUCCUACAACCCCAGAGGGCAGGAAAAAAUCCAAGGGAAUUAUGAAACUCUUUGGGAAGUUGAAAAGAAGUCAGUCUACCACAUUCACCCUCGACGAUAACCUACCAGAGGGUGAGUUCAAGCGGGGUGGAGUGCGAGCCACAGCAGGACCCAGACUGGGUUGGUCACGUGACCUCCAACAAGUCAGCAAUGAUGUUGAUGCUCCGUUUGCACGCUGGUCAAAGGAUCAGGUGUGUGACUGGCUCCAGGAUCAGGGUCUCGGUCUUUAUGUGAACAUGUCUCGUGUGUGGAUCUCCUCUGGACAGACGCUGCUACAGGCCUCACAACAGGACCUGGAGAGGGAGCUUGGCAUCAAACACCCGCUGCACAGGAAGAAGCUGCAGCUGGCUAUCCAGGCCCUCGGCUCAGAGGAGGAGGAGAAUAAGGGAAAGCUGGACUACAACUGGGUGACAAGGUGGCUUGAUGACAUUGGUCUUCCUCAGUAUAAGACCCAGUUUGAUGAGGGCAGAGUGGAUGGCCGCAUGCUGCAUUACAUGACAGUGGAUGACCUGCUUUCUCUGAAGGUGGGAAGUGUCCUGCAUCACCUCAGUAUCAAGAGAGCAAUACAAGUGCUUCGACUCAACAACUACGAGCCCAACUGCUUACGUCGUAGGCCAUCAGACGAGAACAACAUUUCUCCAGCAGAAAUCUCCCAGUGGACCAACCACAGGGUGAUGGAGUGGCUGCGAUCGGUGGACCUUGCUGAAUAUGCCCCCAACCUGAGAGGCAGUGGUGUGCAUGGAGGCCUGAUGGUUCUGGAGCCACGGUUCAACGUGGAGACCAUGGCGUUGCUGCUGAACAUCCCCCCGAACAAGACUCUGUUGCGUCGCCACCUCGGUACACAUUUCAACCUGCUCAUCGGCUCAGAGGCUCAGCAUCUUAAACAGGAGUGUCUUGAAAACCCAGACUACACACUGCUCACUGCCACCACCAAAGUCAAGCCAAAGAAACUGCCGUUUGGCAGCUUCGGCAGUCUGAGGAAGAAGAGGCAAGACGAGAAUGAGGAGUAUGUGUGUCCAAUGGAUGUGGAGAUGCCAAAGGGCAGAAGCUUCCAGAAAGGCUUUGAGCUCCAAAUCUACGAGGACGAACUUGACAGACUCCAACAGAUGGAGGACUCUGAGGGAACUGUGAGACAGAUUGGAGCUUUCUCUGAGGGCAUUCAAAACCUGACGAGCAUGCUGAAAGAUGACGAGUUCUUCAAAGAGAUUUCAAAUUCACCCAACCCCAGUGUAACAGAUGAGGAUUCCAACGCAUGAGACUAUCGGGCACCUUGAGACCUGGUCCUGCUGUGAAUGAAACUCUGUGCCAACCCUGACCACCAGACACGUUUCAACUCCACCCCCCCGAGAACACUCCACAUUUCUUUUUAGUGUUACAUUCAAAGAUAUGAGCCAAAAGUAUUAGUGUCUUUCUAGUUUCUGUUUUGAACCAUGGUGUCGUGACAGCCUACAGUCCAGUAGCCACUAUUCCUCCUGAACUUUGUCUCAUUACCGUCGUCGGAUGACAGAGGAAACACUUGGGGCAACACCACUGUUUGCCUGCCAGCUGGUUUCUGGAGAUCAUUUUGAACUGGGUUAUGAACUGGCAUCUUUUUUAUGACAGAACUGAAGUGUCAGCCAGCAGAAAGAUGACAUCUAGAAUAUGCCGACAUAGAUUUAAUAUAUAUCUUCGAAAUUGAUUUCUGACUGUAGAAAUAUUGGGAAAAUGAGAUGAACUUGAUAGAAAGCAAUAUGCUGAGUGGACGUCCCUGUUUUUAGUGUAAAGUAAUAAGUGAGACAGCUGCUAUGUUUUCUACAGAACUAAAGCCUGCUAAUUCAUUGAUGUGUCUUAUAUCGUAUCCUAUUCUGGAGACUUACCAGGUUUUCACUACUCAUCAGUAAUACUCUGCAUGCAUUUGCACCAAUACAUAUCAUACAGUACAAAACCUAAAGAAUAUCAUUGCAUGGUAUUGAAAUCCAACACAAUUAUACAGUAUAUGAGUGUCUUAUUUUGUUAGAACCAUGGAUUGAUUUUAAUGGAAACCUGAUAACUUGCAGGUAUUUUUGGAAAUAGAUUUGUUGCAUUUUCACAUUUGUGAUUCAAGAUAAUGAUGUAAUGAUCUUGUGGCCAUACCUAAGAUGAUAAAGUGUGUUCUCCUUUUUUUUUAUUAUUAUUUUUUAUGUUUAGGACCAAUAAAGUAAUUUAAAUCA